AUGGAAUUUACUUUAAAUAUCUUUACUUUAAACUGCUGGGGCAUACCAGUUGUUUCUAAGAAUCGCAAAGAAAGAAUUGAAGCUAUAGCCACAUAUUUACAGAAGGCUUCCCACAACAUUGUUUGUCUACAAGAAGUAUGGUGUGAAAAAGAUUAUUUGUAUUUGAAGGAUCAGCUACAGAAGCAGUUUCCAUUUUCACACUAUUUUUACAGUGGUGUUUUUGGGUCAGGUUUAUGUAUAUUUACAAAAUGGGCUAUUCAAGAUGUCUUCUUCCAUCAGUGGCCACUAAAUGGGUACAUACAUAAGAUUCACCAUGGCGAUUGGUUUGGAGGAAAGGGUGUGGGUCUAUGCCGAAUUAAAUAUAACGACAGGCUAAUCAAUAUAUACUGCACUCAUUUACAUGCAGAAUACCACGAGGAUGAUAUAUACUUGGCUCAUAGAGUAUUACAGGCAUAUUCUACUGCGGAAUUGGUUAAUUUAACUUCCUCUCCUGCCGAUGUAUCAAUACUGGCUGGUGAUCUCAAUGCUGCACCUGGAGAUUUAUCGUUUAGGUUAAUUACUCAAUUACCGUCUCUACUGGACCCAUACACUCUACUGGCUGAUCAUGAUCAGUUUGCCAAACAAAUUGGAACUAGUGACAACAUAAACAAUAGCUAUUCUGAUCCAAAGUUGGUAAAACUAUGCCCUGAAGGGAAGCGAAUAGACCAUAUACUAUUUCAUGUUGAUUCAAAAUAUGAGGCUCAAGUAAAUAGUUACGGUAAUCCCAUGGAGGAGAGGGUUCCCGGGGAGCCAUUUUCUUAUUCUGACCAUGAUGCUGUUGCAUUGGAAUUAAAAAUAAAACCUUCUCAAAGUAAACCAAAGAGGCAAUAUAGUGAAGAGAAACACUUUCAGGAAACUAUAGAAGAGGCAAUAAAAGUUUGCAGGGAGGCUACUGUGACUAUAACGAAAUCUAAAAAACUAUUUCUUAUGACGGGGGGCUUAAUAUUCAUGUUUCUUUUAGGUUCUGUUGGCUUCUGGCCUAAUAACAUUAUGACUGAUAUUUUAAAAAUAAUAAUGACUGGAAUUUCAUUUUAUUAUAUUAUUAUGGGGACUUUGUGGAAUAAAAUCGAAAUGAACAGUCUUAAGGCUGGUUUGACUGCACUUGAAAAUUUUUAUAAAAGUCGUAAUUAUAAAAUUAUCGAUUAA